AUGAUCAGGUUUUCGAUCAGCUUCCACAUGCAGGUGUGCGGUCCGGAUGGGGCGGUCACAUGGCAAGAAGGCCCAGCUGCGAGCUUCUGGGCCGACGACCGCAAGCUUGCUCUCGGCAAGUCCUUUCGCGGUGUCGCCUUCUCGAAAAUGGCCUCGCCAGCGGCCUUCGGCCGCUUCGUGCAGGACGGUUUCCAGCUCAGCAGCACCCGGCACCAGGGCGUGCUGCGAGAUGGAUCCGCCCGGUGGAGCUACGAGGUCGCGCCUCAGGCCGACGGCUUGUGCCCGAGCACAAGUCAGGUGGGCUGGGGCGGUCGGCUGGGAGACAAGCAGUAUUCGACCGCUGGCUGGCUCGCCGCCUUCCCCGUCUUUGAGCCCAUGUAUCAGGUGGUGAUGGCGCACGGCCUCGCCUCGGGAUGGGUCGAGUGGCGCGGAGAGCGGCGCGAGUUUAGGGACGCGCCCUGCUACACCGAGAAGAACUGGGGCGGCGCCUUCCCGCGGCGCUGGUGGUGGGUGCAGUGCAACGCCUUUGAGGCGCGCGGCCUCACGCUGACCUGCGCGUGCGGCGAGCGGUCCAACCCGCUGCUCGAGCCGCUGCUGCCGGGCCGCACCGAGGACGCCUGCAUGGUGGCGCUGCACGACGAGUCCGCCAAGUUCUACCCCUUCCCUAACUGCGAGUGGGACGUGGAGUGGGGUCGCUGGACGGUGCGGGGCGCGCUCGACGACCUGCGCGUGCGGGUGGAGGCCACUUGCGACGGCGAGGCGGCCUCGGUGGUGCGAUGCCCCGCCUCGGACGGCAUGACCGCCUCCGCGAGGGAGCGCUUCGAUGGGUCGCUCUCCGUGCGCGUGUGGCGGGUGACGGCCAGAGAGGAGGAGGAGGAGGUGCUCAUCGACUCGACGAGCAGCCGAGCCGCUGUCGAGGUGGGCGGCGAGGGCUGGGAGGGCGGCGGGCGCUGGAAGGGGUCGUGCGAGGUCGCGGGCGCAGCACGGGCGAUCCUCUCGGCCGACGUGCCGCUGGAGCGCUUCCGCGAGGCGAUCCCGGGGCUGUGA